CUUCUCGUUAUAAAUAUAUAACUCCAUUAUUCCUCCAUUUCUUCAAAACCCAUCCUCAUUCCUUCCAUCUCUUGGAAUCCCCCAUUUGAAGAAUUCAAUAUGCAGAGCAAGAAGAUUCCCUCUCCUGUUUCUAGAGAUACCGACGUCGAUGAUAACAUAGAGAUGGAAAGUUGUGUGGAUUUGAAAGAUCACCAAAAGGGGGCCGACAUGUCGCCGGCGAAGAGCUUCCCCAACAAAAUGUGGGGAAUAAUAGGGAGGAAAGUAGAUGAGAAAGAGUAUCCUCCACCAAUUCCAUUGUUGGUUCGCACUGAGAAUUUGGGUUAUUCCCAUAUGCCAUGGGUGAUGAAACGGAAAUACACUGCCGACGGGCGGCUGAUACUGACGGAGGAGAAAGUUAGACACUGUGAGUUCUUCCGUGCACACAGAUCCGAUGGGCGGCUGACGCUGCAGCUUGUGGCUGUGGAGGAGCGGAAUGUGGAAAUGGGGAAUGUGAGGGGCAGAGAUGCAACGUUAAUGUUGGGAGUGGCAGUGCCGGCAGGGAGCCUGAGGACCGUUCGAGGAUAAGGAAAUGUGUUCUGUUUGUAACUUUUAGUUGGGGUGUUUUAGACUUUCUCGCUUUCUUUCUCAAAUAAAAUAUUUAGGUUAGCUUAUAAUAUAUAUAUAUACCCACUUACUUUAAAAAGUUACAAUAUUACAUCGAACUUUCAUAAAUGUUACUAUUUUAUCUUUGGAGA